ACCAUUUUCCUGAUACUGGGAGAGCGACGCGUUGGCUUCCGCACAUCGGCACCACUGUGUAUCUUCUGGCUGCUGAUGUCCGUGGCCGCUGCUCUACGCUACAGGUCCAUCAUUAUGACAGUUUUCGGUGAGCAGCAAGACGACAGGCAUUCGAUGCAGAAUCUCGAGUUUGACUUCGUAGUGACCGUCUUCUACUUUCCUGUCAUGACUGGCCAGUUCGUAUUCAGCUGCUUCUCCGACAUGUCUCCGAGUACACAGCCGAAAAGGAAAGAUUGCCCUGAAGAGAAGGCGUCCUUCUUAUCAGCGAUUUUCUUUUGGUGGUUCAAUGGGAUGAUAUUUCGGGGAUACAAGGAACCACUGCUUCUCAGUGACAUGUGGAACCUGGACCAGGUCAACACAACCAAGCACAUCGCGCACAACUUUGACCACUUUUAUCGACGGGAUAAGCCGACGAAAACGCCAACCGCAGAGAAGAGUGCUGCUGAGGACCUAGGUCUCGCAUCCAUGCCCAAAGCAGGCAUCAUGACUCCGCUUUUUAGAACGUUCCUGCCCGAUCUCUUCGUGCUGGCUAUCUUCAAGCUGGUCGCGGCGCUGCUCACCUUCGUCAGUCCCCUGGUGUUGGACCUGCUGAUAGGAUUUGUGAACUCGGACCAGCCGGCCUGGCGAGGAGGACUUUUCGCGUCAACCAUGUUCUUCUCUUUGAUGGCCGAGUCCCUGUUCAGCAGCCACUACGAGUACCGCAUAUUCCUCGUGUCAAUGCGCAUGCGGUCAGCCAUGAUCAACGCCAUAUACAGGAAGGCACUCAAGUUGUCGAGCUCUGCGAAAGGUCGCUUCACCACGGGAGAGAUUGUGAACCUCAUGGCGGUCGACACUGAGCGGAUCAUGGAGUACAUACAAGUAUUCAACCACCUGUGGACAACGCCGAUCCAGGUGGCGCUGGCCACGUACCUACUGUGGCAGCAGCUGGGCGUGGCUACCUUGGGAAGCCUCGCUAUCAUGGUCAGCCUGCUUCCAAUCAACGCCUGCGUCACCGCAUACAUACGCAAGUACCAGUUCAGUGUCAUGAAACAAAAGGACCGGCGGAUCAAGCUGCUGAGUGAAAUGCUGGCAGGCAUCAAGGUGCUGAAGCUGUACGCUUGGGAGACCGCAUUCCAGAAACGUGUGCAGGAUCUUCGCAACAAGGAGCUCGUGUAUCUGAGGAAGCAGGCCUACCUCAACGUGGCGACCAUUUUUACCUUCGCGUGCGCACCGUUUCUCGUGGCACUGGUGAGCUUCGGCGUGUACAUUACAGUGGACAGCCGGAAUAUACUGGACGCGAACAAGGCGUUCGUGUCGUUGACAUUGUUCAACACUCUAAGAGUGCCGUUGGGCCUGCUACCAGGCAUCGUCUCUAGCAGUGCCAUGUUCAUGGUUUCCCUUGGCCGUAUCAAUGACUACCUGCGCUCGGAUGACCUGGAUCCGAUGGCGGUGCAGACAGACCCCAGUUCAGAAGAGGCCGUGAAGGUGAAAGACGCCUCGUUCGCCUGGUCUCGAGGUAGCUCAGCAACACUGAAAAACAUCACUGUGAGCGUGCCCAAAGGGUCACUCGUCGCCAUCGUGGGUUCGGUCGGAUCGGGCAAGUCGUCGUUACUUGCUGCCUGCCUCGGAGACAUGGUGAAGCUCAACGGAUCUGUCACUCUCUGCGGUUCCAUAGCCUACUCACCUCAGCAGGCGUGGAUCCAGAAUGACAGCGUCAAAAACAACAUCCUCUUCGGCCACGAAUACGACAAGGCCCGCUACAACCAGGUGGUGGAGGCGAGCGCCCUGGAGCCAGACCUGGCGGUCUUACCAGCGGGCGACGACACUGAAGUCGGUGAGAAGGGUAUUAACCUGAGUGGCGGCCAGAAACAGCGCAUCAGCAUCGCCAGAGCCGCGUACAGCGGCCGCGACAUCUGCCUCUUCGACGACCCGCUCAGUGCCGUCGACUCGCACGUGGGCAAGCACAUCUUCGACAGGGUCAUCGGCCCCAAGGGCAUGCUCCGGGACCAAACACGCAUACUGGUAACUCACCGGCUUUCCGUACUCCCGGAAGUGGACACUGUGGUCGUGAUGCGAGACGGGACCAUUUCGGACUACGGAAGUUUCCAGGAACUGCUUUCCCGGGGCGGUGCCUUCUCCGAGUUCCUGACGCAGUUUAUCGUGGAGAGAGAGCAGACCGAGCAAGGCAUAUCGGAUGUAGAUGCGGAGCUCUUCAGCGUCGUCGCGUCGAAGGUCUCGUUGUCUCAACCGGAACUUGUCCGUGAAGCAAGCGCCACUGAUAGGGUCAAGGCUGACGACCGGGACGGUCAAGAGAGCGUGCUCCGUCGUAGGAAAGACCCGCGCAAAAGCAAUGGACGCGAGACAUCGAGUGGCGACGGCGCGAGCGGCGUGGAGCAGAACAAGCAGCCGUCUACCGGCGGGGCGUCCAAGGCGAAGCUCACCGAGGUAGAGACGGCGCAAGUGGGAUCGGUGAAUUGGCGUGUAUACUGGGGCUUGGUGAAAGCCAUGGGCGCGUGGAUGACGCUGGCCACUCUGUCGACGUACUUCAUUGCGUGCACAUUCAAUGUUGCCGGCAGCCUGUGGCUCAGCCUCUGGAGCAACGACGCGCUCGACCCCGAGCUGGCCACGGACCCGGCGCAGAGGAACUAUCGGCUCGGCAUGUACGCCAUGUACGGAUUCGUAGAGACUGCGUUUGUGCUGUUCGGCGGGGUGUCGCUCUACCUGGCGCUGCUCCAGGGAAGCCGCGUGGUGCACGACCGAAUGCUCCACCGCGUGCUGCGUGCACCGAUGGCCUUCUUCGACACCACGCCCAUGGGCCGCAUACUCAACAGGUUCUCGAAGGACAUCGACUCUGUGGACUGUGACGCUGCCGUUCAACGCGCGAUUGCUGAUUGCCAGUUCCUGCGCACCCUGGUGGCGCUCGUGCUGAUUGCGCUCCAAACGCCGCUCUUCGUAACCGCCGUCGUGCCGCUGUUGUUCAUCUACUACUUUAUACAGAAAGUCUACAUCGCCACAUCGCGGCAGCUGAAGCGCCUCGAGGCCGUGUCACGGUCGCCCAUCUACGUGCAUUUCUCGGAGACGGUGACCGGCAGCAGCUCGAUCCGGGCCUACGGAGUCGCCGAGCGGUUCGUCGCCCACUCGAACGAGCUGACCGAUAUCAACCACAGCACCUACUUCCCCAGCAUCGUGGCCAGUCGGUGGCUUUUCACAAGGCUGGAGUUCAUCGGGUACACUAUAGUGUUCAUAGCUGCAGUACUCGUGGUCAUCAGCAGGGACACAUUGUCUCCAGGCAUGGCCGGCCUUUCGGUUAGCUACGCUCUCACGGUCACGUUGGCGAUAAAAUUGCUGAUGCGUUGUACGUCUGACACGGAAAUGAACCUUGUCGCUGUCGAGCGCUGCUUGGAGUACAGCAAGGUGAUGCAAGAGGCAGCCUGGGAGAAUCCCUAUUUCAAGCCCGACCCAUCCUGGCCAACUGCCGGGGAAGUCGUGUUCAAGGAUUAUUCCACGAAGUACCGUGCCGACUUGGACCUCGUUCUCAAAGAAAUCACAUGUGACUUCAAGCCCGGAGAAAAGGUUGGCAUCGUAGGCAGGACGGGCGCGGGCAAGUCUUCGCUGACGCUGGCUCUGUUCCGCAUCAUCGAGGCCGCCGGUGGCACCAUCAGCGUCGACGGGCUCGACAUAUCCACGCUCGGCCUGUACGAUCUGCGCAGGAAGCUCACCAUCAUACCGCAGGAUCCGGUGCUGUUCAGUGGGACACUACGGUCCAAUCUUGACCCUUUCGAUAGCAAGUGUGACGAGGAGCUAUGGCGGGCGCUGGAGCACUCGCACCUCAAAGAUUUUGUCGCUAGCCUAUCGGACGGCCUCCAGCACGAAAUUGCCGAAGGAGGUGAUAACAUCAGCCUUGGCCAGCGGCAGCUAGUCUGUCUGGCUCGUGCCCUGCUGCGAAAGUCCCGCAUCUUGAUUCUGGACGAGGCGACGGCUGCUGUGGACAUGGAGACGGACGACCUCAUACAGGCCACCAUCCGGCGAGAGUUCGCCGACUGCACCAUCAUCACCAUCGCACACAGGCUCAACACCAUCCUCGACUACGACAGGGUGAUCGUCCUGGACAGUGGCGGAAUCGCAGAGAGCGACUCACCGAGGGAGCUGAUGAAGCGAGACACCUCGCUCUUCUACGCGCUGGUCAAGGACGCAAAUUUGCUUCAAGCCUAUCAACAGGACUGAUUUUAAGGGAACCUCGUGUGCGAUGCCAUAGCCAAGAAGUUGCUCAAUCAAGCAUAUGAUAAAUCACCAGUGCUACGCUACGUAGAUGGCGCUUCGUCUGACAGCUCGUUUGCAACAAUGCAUUGAUGUCAAUUAUUGUUUUGAUACCAAUCAUGUUCAUCUGAAUGACCAGUAGAACAAGAUUUCUGCGGCGCAUAUGCACGAUAGCUUUGUUAGGAACGUAAAGCGUGCUUAAUAAUUUAGCAAAAGUUGUUCAAUCUUGAAUUGAAAUGAAUUGAACAGAAAUAAAUUGAAGAGAAAAUAAACUAACUCUCCGUGAAUAAAGGAUAACUUACUCCUACCCUUGCCUCAAUCUUAGUCGAAAACAGCCGGAAUCACUUCAAAUCCUUAGCGCAGUGAUACAAUGUUUGCUACUGGUCUACCUGUAAGCUAAAUAAUUAUGUGCAUUUAAAAUGAGAAGGGCCAUAGAGUACAAAAAUUGACAUGAAUGUUCCAAAUCCCACACUCAUCCACGCCUCUAAUGUGGAUAAGACAUACUACGUAUGGAUAUACUUCAUUGAAGCUGUCGUAGGUGUAAUACAUGCAGCGUCGCCGAAUAUGAAAGGGAACGUCGGAUUUGUGUUCAAAGCCGGUAAAUUUGCUUUGUGUUUGCUAGUAAUGAGGUAAGGUUGCAUGAGCAGGAUUCCUAAACAGUAAAAACAAAAAAAGCAAAAAAAAACAUAACAAAUAGCAGUGAGUGAGGAUCUGAGUGGCACGUUAGCAAAAAUAGGGGUUUCAACACAGAUGAGGUGUUCGCUUUCAUAUUGGACGAAGGUGUACGUUCGCACUUGUUGGACGAAGGUGUCGAGAAGGAACAACGAUUUUCAGCCGAUUGUCUUCGAAGAUUGCCCUUUUAGCCAUCAGCUCUGAAUCAAUAAAAUGUAGUAAUGACGGCAGUGGGCAUUGCGUCGUAUUAUAGUGUCAAAUAUUGGGCAAUAUUAUUAAAGCUGAUUGUCUUCGUUAGAAGCCAAAGGACUCAAUGUCGCGGCAACAUCCUUUCGUGAGUUGUAACAGUCCGUAUAAAAUGACCAAAAAUGCGACAAAGGUCCUGUCGUAAGCGUGAGGUCUUUUCGCAAUCGCCAUGUUUGCUAUAAUCACGGCAGCAGAGGUCCGAACAAGACGAUGUGACUAUUAAGACAGAAGUUUCCGUUUGUCAUUGCUGCAACAAAAUCUACUUCAUUCCGCCUACAGCACAACACACCCCACUAUCAAAAAAUGGCCACGAGGACAGCUGUGCGUCGCUCUUCUGUUGAGAUUUUCAUCUGGGCGUCACUGCUGCAUAUGGUAGCGGGUAUAACUGCGAAGCCCUCGCGUGAUUUAAGCGUAUACCUGUGACUUUGAACAGUAGCAAUACCAUUCAGGUAGUUAAUUGUAGGAAUUUCAGUGAUGGUACUUUCGCUCAUGAUCAUUCUCUACGGCAUGUGCGAAGGAAGCUUUAUUAUCUUGCGGACUUUUUUUUCCAGAAAUAAACCACUUCAAUUCACUCUCACAAUCAGCAAAGGCUGUAAUACAAUGUGCGCGCAGAACAAGACAAUCAAUCGAAUACAAAGAGUGAUAUCGGUAAUCGAACGUUAAGCACUUGGCGGGCAAAGGAUUCCGCGACCAAUUAUAAGCAGCAAGCACUGCAAGAGUUGUCAAAAUAUUUCUGUCCCUAGUCACUGCCACCACCAACUGGACGCUGCAUCACGGGGUCACAAAAACUGGGCGUUUCUUAUAAUCUCGUAUUCUCUCCUGUACCUGGCCAGGAAAGAACGCACGUAGUAGGCCACCAGGGAAGACAGCAC